CGUCGCCGACCUCAGUCAGUUAGUCAGUCGUCACCUCAGUAGUUCAGUCAGGCAGAACGAAUAAGAAGUGUGAGAGAAAAAGAGUGCGGAUAAAUCAAUUUUAUCGACAAGAUCGAAAGCUGGAAUUUUGCAGACAUUUGAAGCUAAGAGGUGUGAUUGAACGACCAUCUUCAGUAGGUGAUAAAAGAGAUCUAUUAUAUUUUUCUGAGAAAUGGCUUUGGUGGUGAUUUGCGGGCAGCCAUGCAGUGGAAAGUCAACAGCUGCAACAUGUCUAACAGAAGCUCUCAGAGACUCGGAAACUAACUUAGCUGUCCGGAUUAUCAAUGAAGCUUUCUUUCAUCUAGAUCGCAACCAAGGUUACGCCAAUAUGACUGCUGAAAAGAAUGUAAGAGGAGUGCUGAGGUCUGAAGUCGAUAGAUCUGUGUCUAAAGAAAAUAUUGUUAUAGUAGAUUCCUUAAAUAGCAUAAAAGGUUACCGAUACGAGUUAUGGUGUUUGGCACGUGCAGCAGGAGUUAGAUACUGUGUGUUAUAUUGUGAUGUGGAAGAAAGUGAUUGUCGAAAAUGGAAUGAAGAUCGCAAAGAAAAAGGUGAAGCAGCAUAUGACGAAGAUAUCUUUGAAGACCUAGUGAGAAGGUUUGAGAAACCAGAGAGUAGAAAUAGAUGGGAUUCUCCUUUGUUUGAGUUGCAGCCAUCUAAAGAUCGGAUAGAGAAAUCCUCUCCUGCCAUAUUGGAUGCUGUCUCAUACUUGACAAAAAAGAUAGACUCAAAAACAAGGGAUGUCAAAGUUUUGCAGCCAACAAUUGCCACGCAAAGCGGACGACCUUCAGAAGCGAAUUCCCUUUAUGAGUUGGAUCGCGCAACGCAAGAGGUAAUGAAUGCGAUUGUUGCAGCGCAAUCCCAGGCACUUGGAGGGCCUCUUAAUGGAAUUUCCAUUGAUCAGGGAUUACCAACCAUUAACAUUCAAAGUUUAGUUGGAUUACCUGAAUUACGUAGGCUCCGUAGGACUUUCAUAAAAUUGACGGGGCAAACUAGCUUAAGUGGUCCGCCCCCUCCUGCAGAUGCAGCAAGUGCAAAGAGGAUGUUUGUGGAUUAUUUGAACCGAGAACUGGGAGUUUGAUAUGCUAAUAGGAUAUGUUGUAAUGAUCCUUCAGGCCUCAGAAGACAUUCCAGAGGUUUAGUAGUGAGUUGGUUAUGUAUAUUUGCAUGAGCAGUUUUCACUUGGUGCUUUGGAGAUACCCAAAUUUUGUAAAAGUUGAUUAUACUCUGUUGCAAUACCACAUUUUCUUUCUCUGGA